AUGGAAGACUGUUCUUUUGAUGUGGAUGCGUUUGUAAGUGAGUUAGAGAAGACCAUCCAGCCCUGGACGUAUAGCGCCGUAAUUGAAUUUAUGGAAUUAUUCACAACCUCGCUUGAAAUGGAUGAUAAGUUCUACGAUUACUUCCUUAAAAACAAAACGGAGGCAUCUGCUCUGUCCGUCAUACUGACAUGUAGUACAGUGGAAAGACAGAACACUGUACUUUCCUGGAUUGUGAAUAAUAAUGUCACGAAUCUGUAUUUUGCGGUUCAUUAA